AUGUCAUCCACCACCACCACCAACGACGACAGCAACAAAGCGCUCCGCUCGGCCCUGCGCAAGCCGCACGCGCCCGCCACCGACCUCCGCGUCGUGACAUUCUCCUCCCUAAUCCUAACCCGCCCGAUCCCGCGCCUCUCCCUCAACGCCGACCCCUUCCCCCAAGACACAGUCCCCACCACCACCCCCGUCCGCCCGCGCUCCACCAACACGCCGCCGACGAUCCUCCCGGGCCAGACAGUCCCGCAAUGGACCUCGCACACCGCGCACCCGGGCCACCUCCUCUCCUUCCCCGCGCACUUCCUCUCGAAACGCACUGUACCGCUCGAGCGCGCUGUUGAGGGCGGGAUCGAGGUGGAGAUGGUAAGGAUGAGGGAGCAUAGGGAGUAUAGGGUUUGGAGUGAGGGGUUUGGGGUGCCGGCGGUGUGGGGCGAGCGCGAGGGUUCGCCCUUAUUGGCGAAGAAGGGAGAGAGCGAGGAGAGGAAAAGGUGGAAGGCGGCGACGGAGGCGGCGGAGAGACGCGUGUUUACGUAUGCGUGUUUGGAGGCGUGGCUGGUGGGGAUGGUCGAGGCGGGCAAGUGGGGGCCCGAGGUGCGGGCGCGGGCGAGGGAGCGGGCGGGCGCGGGCGCUGGUCGGGCGGUCGCGGUCGUCGCGCCUGCUCCUGUUGCUCCUAUCACGCCUGUUGUGCCUGUUGCAACGGUAGCUGCACCGCCCAAACGCCCCGCGAUGGGCACGAAAGAACGGCUCCCGUACGCAGAAGGACCGGCAGGCCUCGUCCUCCCGCCCGCGGAACCGGCCAAGAGGGAGUCGUACCACGAGGACGAGCUCUAUCCCAUCAUGGUCUCCCGCAACCGGCGCGCGCACAGGGACGCGGUCGGUCGGGCGCGGGAGCUUGUGGAUGAGCUGAUUAGGGAGGAGAGGGAGGAGAGGGAGUUACGGGGGAAGAAGGUGGAGGAGGAGGCGAAGAGGAAGGGGGAGGAGAGGGUUGUUAGGUGGAGGGAGGUGCAGGGCGGGUGGAGGAGGUUUGAGGUGGAGGUUAAGAAGGGCGAUAAAACGACGCUCGCCGUCGAAAGCGCCAUCCAGGACCAGAUCGCCGCCGGCCUCGGGCGCGCGCCCCGCCUUCCCGCCCCAUCCACAACCACACCCACCACCACAUCAUCACCAUCGACACACUACCCAGCAGUACCCUCCAACGCCGCCGCCGCGCACCUCACCGCCCUCGAACACAAACUCGCCUUAGCCCGCGCGUCCCUCGCCUCCAUCAACUCCGCCGUAGCUGAGAUGGACGACGACAUCGAGCGCGGCGAAGCGAUCCUCGAGAUCGAGGACGACGCCGCGCUCGCGAUCGCUAUCGAAAAUGACACGAUGCGCAAGGCGGAGCGCGAGAGGCUUAAGGCCGAGCGGGAGGCGGCGCGGCGCCGUGCUGAGGAGGAAAGGCGGAAGGCUGCUGAAGAUGAAGAGGCAAGGAAAAAGGCGCCCGAGGCGCGUAGAAGGGCGGGCGAGGCGGCGCUCAGGCGCGCCGAGGAGGCUCGUCUUCGCGCAUCGCCGCCCCAUCCUUCUACAUCCACAUCCCCACCCCCAUCUACAUCUCCUGCAUCGCUCCCUCCCUCCGCUACAAGCACGAGCGCCUCCCCGCACCCCCUCCCGCCCGCCUCGAUCCCGAUCCACAACUGGCGCCGCUGGGACGGGAAGGACGGCUACGGCGACGACGAGCCGGGCACGGAGGACGGCGCGCGGGCGUUCGUCGCGCGGAUCGCGGAGGUUGUUGCGAGGAGGAGGGGGGCGGGGCAUGAAGCUGGGCACGCGCCCCAAGACGCUGCACCGACCGCCGACGCGGAGCCCGAGAGCGUUGCGGUACCCGCUGAAGCUAUCGCCGCGCCCGCUGAGCUUCCCGCUGCUGCACCCGCUGAGCCCGCCGCCGAAGUCGCUGCACCUGCUACCGAAGUCGUUGCACCCGUUGAACCCGCACCCGCCGCUGAACCCGCCCUCGAGCCCAUCGCGCAACCCGCCCCCGAACCCGCUCCCGGACCUUACCAACCCUUCUCCCUGCGCCCCCUAACCCACCGCCACACCUUCCACUCCACCCUGAUGCCCGCGCCCCUCGUCGAAGCCGACUACGUCCCUUUGUUCCCACCGAUGAGCGAGGAGGAGAAAAGGGAGAUGGACGGGCGGGUGGCGCGGGAGGCGGCUGUGGGGCAGUUUGGGGAGUAUGUUGCGGGGUGUAUGGCGCGGCGGAGGGCGCGCGAUGAGGGAGGCGGCGUGGCGGAGAGUGACGAGCAUGCGCCCGAGAGCGAGGUUGAGCCUGAGCUCGCACCCGCACCUGCAACAACGACCGCUGCGCCUGCUAUUGCGGACCCCGCGCCUGCGCACGAGAGCGAGGUUGAGCCCGAGCUUGCCGCGCCCGAGCCUGCACCUGCGACGAUGACCGCUGCACCGGCUAUCGCGGAGCCCGCGCCUGCGCCCGCAUCUACACCCCCCUCGCCCACCCCAUCGCUCAAACGCAAACGCUCCUCCGAGGAGAACGACAUCGAACAAGAACCCUCCCGCGCAACCUCCCCGACUCCCUCUGCGUCUUCAUCCUCCGAAGACGCUUCGGACGAGGACGGCAGCCCGACUAAACGCGCGCGGCUGUCGAGCUGGUGCCACAUCGCGUGA